AUGAGCGUCACAAAAGUAUCCGAUGUGUCAUUCGCGUCUUUGCCACCCCGGAAGUACGUGACGAUGGCGUCGCUCUUGCAAGACAUCCAGCUAGAUGAGACCUCCUACGUGGAGCUACUGCGCAAGAUCAUCGGCGUGUCCGAAAAGGUUCAAAAUGCGCCGAGUCUGGGACUCAUCCCGCAGGAGAACCUCGUGUCCGACAUCGUGCUGGCCGAGCUCCAGCCGUACACUAAAGAGAACGGCGGGUAUCUGACCAUCGAGCGCGUGGAGUUCGUGGCUGGCCGUGGCAAUGUCAUUAUCACGUAUCAGCACCCGGACUUCGCCGACAGCGAGAAGACGGUGGCCUUUGUGGGCUCCCACAUGGAUGUGGUGCCGGCUAACCCCGAGGGCUGGGAGAGAGAUCCGUUCACGCUCACAGUGGAGGGUGACAAGCUGUACGGACGCGGCACGACGGACUGUCUGGGUCAUGUGGCACUCAUGACGGAACUGUUUAAGGAGCUUGCCCAGAAGAAAGUCCGUAUGGAGACAAAGGUGGUCUGUGUGCUCAUCGCUUCCGAGGAGAACACGGAAAUUCCGGGGGUGGGUGUUGAGACUUUGAUGGAGUCAGGCAAGAUCGACUUUAUCAAGAAUGGGCCCGUCAUUUGGGUCGAUUGUUCGGACAGCCAGCCUUGUAUUGGUACGGCUGGUGUGAUUACUUGGACGUUGAAGGCCACUGGCAAACUCUUCCACAGUGGUCUACCCAACUUGGGCAUUAACGGUAUCGAGCUGGGCAUGGAUGCGUUGACUAAAAUUCAGGAGCGUUUCUACAAGGAUUUCGGUCCCUUGCCUCAGGAGAAGGAGUACAAUUACUCGUGUCCGUCGACUAUGAAGCCGACACGUAUUGAGUCGUCCACGAACGGACUGAACCAAAUUCCACCUUGGGUGAAGAUCUCCGGUGACGUGCGUUUGUCGCCGUUCUACGAUAUGAAAGACUUGAUUGCCAAGGUGCACUCGUAUGUUGACGAACUGAAUGCGAACAUUACGUCGCUGGAGGGUAAACGCGGCCCAGUGUCGAAGUACACACUGCCUGCGGAGAAUUGGAACGGCAAGCUGGAGCUUACGUUCGAAAACCAAUUCUUCGAGGGUAUUGCCUGCUCGCUUGAGUCUGUCGGCUACAAGUCGUUGCACGCCGCUAUCGCCAAUGUGCUUGGCGAGGCCAAACCGUUCUCCAUCAGUGGCAGUCUACCUCUGGUGCGCGACCUGCAACGUGCUGGUCUGGAUCUGACACUGACAGGCUUCGGUAAGAGCUCGGUCUACCACGGCGACAACGAAUACUGCCAGCUGAGCGACAUGAAGAACGCCAUCAAGAUCCUGGCACGCACGGUCGCUAAUGUGGAAGCAGCCAACUCGAAGUAA